CACUCGUCAAACUCAACUUGUCUCGGCGAUUUGAUCCAGUUUCAACAGACUCACGACCAUCUCGAACCGCCGUUCGUCUCCCGACCGAUCUUCAACCAGAUAAAAACCUGUCUCUAUAUCACUCUCUCAGAUCCAAUUUUUUUGUCGUGCAAUCAAAGCUUCCGCGAUUCGCAAAUCGCCUGGCUGUGAUCCGCGUACGUCCACGGAUAUCCUGAGAAAAUGCGCGGAGCUUCAAAUCUGGGAUCGAAUCGAGACUAUAGAAAUUAAGCGAUCGAAAUCAUAAAUUAGGGUUUUUUGACCUUCGAUCCUGCGACGAUGGAUAGAAGAAGCUGGGUCUCGUCACUUUUUCUUCUUCUUAUAUUGAUGCUCUUCGUCUCCAAUGCUUCAUCUCGGGGUUUAGCAGAUGAACAACGACCGAAAGAUUCUUCCAAUUCAAACACUACACAAACUCCUCCGUUGCCUAAUGUUGUUGGAGAUGGAAAAGCAAAUGCAACCUCAUCACUGCCGACUAGUAACUCGACGAGUCCACCACCGCCACCGCCGCCACCGCCGCCUCAGCUGCAAGCUGAAGGAGAGAAGAAUGUCACUGUAACGUCUAAUACAACAACGGAGGAGGCCAUAAGCCCGCCUCCAGCUAACCGAACAGAUAGCGUGGAUAAGGGAAAGUCACCGGCUAAAAUGUCGCCGCCGCCUCCCAAGAGUCUUGAGAGUGGGGGAAAUGGGACGGUGGCGGCGGAGACGGGAAAUACUCCGCCUCCUGCGCCGCCUAAAGAUCCUGAGAAGGGGAGCUCAGAGUCUGCGGUUGCUGAGACAUGUGCAGGGAAGUCUAAGAUAUGUAGAACUGAGAAUUCAUUGGUGGCCUGCACUUUGAGCAUUGACAAAGAUUCUUCGAAAUGGUCGAUUCUAGUUCAAAAUGAAGGUGAGGAAUCUUUAAAAGCAAAAAUUGUUCUCCCAGCUAACUCUUCACCAGAGCUGACACUGACAAAACACCAGAGUCAAAGGGUGAACAUAUCGAUUAGUGGAGACACAAACAAACUCAUACUAGACGCAGGAAAAGGAGAGUGUGUGCUUCACAUGUACCCACCACAAGAAAACACCUUAUCCAUCCACCUUCCUUCCUACGAAAAGCUAGUGACCCCCAUCAACGGCGCCUACUUCUUAAUAGUAUCGGUCGUCAUCUUCGGGGGAGCUUGGGGAUUCUGUCUCUGCCGGAAGAAUCGCCGUGCAGACGACAACGGAGUGCCUUACCGUGAGCUAGAACUGAGCGGAGGGGCAGGGUUAGAGAGUGGCCACGACGUGGAGACAGCGGACUGGGACGAGGGCUGGGAUGAUGAUUGGGACGAGAAUAACGCUGUGAAAUCGCCUGGUGGUGCAGCAAACAGUGCCAGGAUCUCUGCCAAUGGAUUAACAGCGAGAGCUUCGAACCGAGACGGCUGGGAUAAUGACUGGGACGACUAGUAUUUUUUUGUGUGUGGAUGGGACAAACUAUUACAUGGAUACAGUUUCCUGCAAAGAAGACAAGACAGAUACAGAAAGGUUUAAUAUUAUACACGCAAAGCUUUUAAAAUUUUUUUUUUUUCUAAGUUGAAGAAAUGUUACAUUUUGUACUUGAGUCUCCCCAACCAGAACCCUGUUGUGUUUUGUUUUUGAACACUUUUAGUUUCAUAUUUUGUGUAACUUGUAUACCAAGGCAUUCAGUUUUGUA